CUUCAAACUUCCGCUGAUGAAAGGUGAAGAAGAGCCAUCAAACUGGGCGGAGCUACUGCCGGAUUUGCUGUCUUCGAUUCUACUCCGGCUUGGCCCGUUAGAGAUACUUCAAAACGCUCAGAAAGUAUGCAGACCGUUGCGACGCGUCUCUAAAGACCCAUGGAUUUGGCGUAAAAUCGACAUGAGAAACCUGAGAAAAUUAUACUGUAUUUUCGAUAUGGAAGCCUGUUGUCGUCACGUCGUUGAUCUCAGCCAGGGAGGGUUGCUUGAGAUCAACAUUGAUCAGUGGCAAUUUGAGAACACUUGUCUCCUCAAUUACAUCGCCGACAGAUCAAGUAAUCUGAGACGCCUUAGACUUAGAGGUGGCCAAAUAACGAGCGUUGGAAUUUUUGUAGCAGUCGUGAAACUUCCAUUGCUUGAAGAACUCGAGCUUUUGCACUGCUCAAUCGAAGAUGAGCAUUUGAAAGCUAUAGGCCAGUCUUGUCCAAAUCUGAAGAUAUUGAAGCUAAGCUCAGUGGGUUACAGGCUUCCUCUAAAUGUGAGAGACAAUAAUGCUCUAGCAAUUGCUGAAACAAUGUCUGGUCUUCUCCACCUCCAGCUUAUUGGGAACACACUAACCAACACUGAAUUGAAUGCCAUUCUUGACGGUUGUCCUCACCUAGAACAACUUGAUUUACGCAAGUGUUUCAACAUUAACCUUGUCGGGGAUCUGGAGAAACGAUGUUUGGAGAGGAUUAAAGAACUUAGAUGCCCUGAUGACUCACCUGCUGAUUACCCAUAUGCCAUUUUUUCGGAUUUUGAUUUAGUAGAAGAAGAAAAAAGAGAAGAGGAGGUAAUUUACUCAUAUGGUAACAAUGACACUGAGUACGACCUCUACUAUCAUUCUGACCUGUAUUUUUAUGACUACUGACUAGAUAAGGAUACGCAGUCGAAUCGUAUCAGUGGUAAGUGGUAAUGAACUCGUUCUUGUUUUCUUUCUUUCGGGUAAGUCCCUAGUUUCAGUGGACGUGUGUGUCCCCUUUUGCUUUAGUCCCUAGUUGAGCCUGUAAUUUCCUUCAGAUGGUAAGAACAGAGUCCCAAACUUUUUUCAAGAAAAUCGCCUUCUUGUCCGAUUUAUCAACCUGCAAACUUGAUAGGCCAGUUUAACCUGCAAAUUUGGAAAACGUCAUUGUACCGACACAGACCCAUAAUAUUACUUUUAAAACAGUGGUCUUGCUAUACUUCAUUGUAAAAGAAGUCGCAAAACUUCCAUUUCGUGAGAGCUCGAGGUCUCACAUUAAUCAAAGCUAUAUAGGUCAUUCAUUCUUGUCCACGGCUAAAGACAUUGAAGCUAAACUGCUUUGUCGCAAUAACACAGUAUUUUGCAUAUCAUUCAUUCAACUUCAACUUUUUUUUUGUUAGACAAAUCACUAUAUAUUCAUCUAACUUACCACAUUUAUUCAUUACUUAAGUGAUAAACU